AAAUUUCAAAUUAACCAUCACCAAGAGAAAGAUCUUAGCUGCCGUGUCGGCACUGGGCAGCUACUUGGGCCAUCGGAUCCACGAAGGCGGACAUGGCGCGCCUCGCUCCCAGCCCUUCCGGUUUCCUUCACCACCACCCUGCUCUCCCUCUUCUCCGCCCUCGUUGGGAGCCCCCACGCUGUCGGAUCGACCUUCGCCUGCGCUCCAUCGGGCCCCGCCGCGGCGCGAGGUUGAGGUGCGUGGUCGAAUCUGAGCCGGUGGAACCUCUCCCAGUCGAAUCCACUCCCGAGGAUGAUGUUGCUAGUACUUUGGAGCCCGAGACAGCCAAAGAGAACCGCCAGGAUUCGGAUGGUUCCAAGAAUGUUAAUUUGCCAGAAUUUCCAACUAGGAAUGUAAAUAGACGGAUAGCUUUGACUUCCAGUGUUGCAGCCGUAGGUAUUUUCUUAUCGAAAAGGCUUGAUUUUGGUGUUUCUUUGAAGGAUCUGUCUGCUAACGCCACACCGUAUGAAGAGGCUCUUACGAACGGAAAACCCACUGUUCUGGAGUUUUAUGCAGAUUGGUGUGAAGUUUGUCGAGAGUUAGCUCCUCAAAUAUUUCAAGUAGAGCAGCAGUACAGAGAUCGAGUAAAUUUUGUCAUGUUAAAUGUUGACAACACGAAGUGGGAGCAAGAGCUUGAUGAGUUCGGAGUGGAAGGCAUCCCCCAUUUUGCUUUCUUGGACAAGGAUGGCAACGAGGAGGGAAACAUUGUAGGCAGACUCCCAAAGAAAUACUUUCUCGAAAAUGUCAUCGCGCUCUCAAAUGGUGAACCAACGAUACCCCAUGCCCAAGUCGUGGGCCAGUUCUCUAAUGCUGAAGCCAGAAAGGUGCAUCAAGUUGCUGAUCCCAGAAGCCAUGGUUAAGUCCGAGUUUCCUACAAGUAUGCUAAAAACCAAACUGAAGUAUCACAAUAGACGACAGGUGCUGAAGCUUAAAAACCACACAAUCUAAUCUGCAGUCAUCAUUUCUUGGUGCAGAAAGGUAUGCUUUAUGAUCCAUGCAAAAUUUGGUUUUGUAAUAUAUAUAUUAGUUAUUGUUGAUUGAUCACCUACCAGAUAAAUACUGUGUGAUAAGAUCUACAAAGUUCAGAACUUCGUUUU